GAAUUCAAUAAAAAGUUUACUGAAAUUAAAAAUAAUAGUGUUCAGUCGGUAUCUCCAGCAUCGCCUUAAGGAAAUCCCCGUCAGGCCACGCGCGCUGCUUAAAAGCGCUGAUAUUGCGGUAUAACAAUGCGAAGCACACUACUAACAGAUUGAAAUUUACUCAAUACAGAUGUGUAAAUAUAUUAUGGUCAUCGUUUUUUAUUGCAGUAGAAGAUAUUUAUGUUUAGAACGAAAUGCUUAAAGACAUUCAUUCGACACGUUAUGUGCCAAGUUUGUUUUGUCUUGUUUAUUGUUCGGCCCGCUAGAUAAGAUUUCAUCGAAAUCGGCUCGCGGCCGGGGUUCUGUUUACAAACAAGUAAUACAAACAUUUUAGAAAUGUUUCACGUGAUACAUUUUAGAAAUUUUUUACGUUUACAUUCAUUUAGUUCUUUGCAGUUCUUGGUCCAGUGCAGACAAAAAACUAUUUUUAGUCUUGAAAAUAAAACUAUUAGUCGAAGAGUGUGAAACCGAUAGCAGUGAAAUUAUUUUUGCUAAAAAACGGUCUAGAGUGGAUGUAUUUUUAUCAUCUGAAGAAGAGGAGAAAAAUGUUGGAGAAUGGCAUGAUCCGAGGGGUAAUCAGUCAAACAUUGUUCUUUUUACAAAUCCUUCUGGGUUUGUAAGUAAAAAUUUGCAUAUAAGAUCAGAUAUAGCGAUAGAAACCUGCUAUGAAUUAUUUGUGCCGGAUAAAUUGUUUGAGGAAAUUGCCAAAUAAACAAACUUAUAUGCAUCACAACAAUUAGAAGGUGGAUGCACGCAGCGCUUGGCAAAGUGGACAGUGACAAAUAAAAGUGAAGUAAAAAGAUUUUUUGGAUUAAUUUUAUAGAUGGGAUUGGUGAAACUACCAGCCAUAUAUUUAUAAUGAUCCCAUGAUCCUGUGUAUAUGCAAACGCAAAAAAUCAUGUCCAGAAACAGAUUUGAACUAUUAUUGAAAAUGCCACAUUUUGCAGAUAACAGAAACAGUUAUGGUUCCAAUCGUUUUUUCAAAAUAAAACCAGUUAUAGACACUUUGGUAAUAAAUUUUAAAAAAUAUUACAAUCCAAUCGAGGACAUAUGUAUUGAUGAAUUCUUGAUUCCGUUUUGUGGCCGCAUUAUAUUUAGAUAACAUUUAAAACAAAAGUGCCAUAAAUAUGGAAUCAAAAUAUUUAAGUUGUGCUGUGGAUCGGGUUAUAUGUGUGCUCUUCGUGUAUAUACAGGAAAAACUUUAGAAAAGAAAAUUCUGUGUCCAAUAAAAUUGUAAUGUUUUUUUGCAGAGAUUUAUUCGAUAAGGGACACACGCUAUACACUAACAACUGGUACACAAGCUUGGAAUUAGCGGAAAAAUUAAUCAUUAAAAAUAUUUAUUUAGUAGGAUCAUUACGUUUAAAUCGACGAGAAAAUCUGCAGCAAGUAAUAUCAAAAAAAUUAAAACGGAAAAAAAUCAUUGCAAAAGAAAAUGAACAAGAAAUAACCAUUUUUAAAUGGAAAGAUAAGCGGGACAACCUAGUUCUAUUGACAAAACAUUUAUCAGAAAUGGUGAAUGUUGAAUGUCGAUCAGAAUACAAGUUAAAACCUCAAAUUAUAGUCGACUAUAACAGAGGAAAGUCAGCUGUUGACUUAUCCGACCAAAUGAAUGCCUACAAUAAUUCACUACACAGGUCCAUGAAAUGGUACAGAAAGCUAACCUUUGAACUGUUAUUGAAUACUACAGUUCUAAAUAGUUACAUUUUACAUAAAGAUAUCAAGAAAAAUAUCAGUAUUACUGAAUUCCGGAAAAAAUUAGCAGUACAUCUUACAAAUUUUCGAGAAAAACGUUUCGACUCGACAGUAUUGCAACAACUUCUAAAAAGCAACGACACGAAUAUCAAAAACAACCUGGAAAAGUCUCUGUAGUGCGAAAAUAUUGUAAAUCAUAUUAUGAAAAAAAUGCGACACAAUUUGGUAGAGCAAUAGCCAGAAAAAUGACUAAACAAGUUGUCACAUUUUGUGAUAGCUGCAAAGGACAACCGUUUUUAUGUUUACCAUGUUUCAAUAAAAAUCCAUUAAAAUGCAUUAAUAAUAUAAUUCUGUAAUAAAUAAAAAUUAAGUAAAUUUUAAAUAAAUUUUUAGUAAUUACUUAAAACAAUGUAAAUUUGUUAAUUUUAUAUCACAUUUUACACUAGCAGUCACCGGUGACUGACGCAGCCUGAACGAAAAGUUAGUGUCAGUCAAUGGUGACUGACGCAGUCUAAACGGAAAAUUCAGUGUCAGUCACCGAUGACUGACGUAGCACUCAGCGUGUUAAUUGUUUUAAAAACUAGAAAUUUAAAAUACUGUUAAUAUUAUUUCCAAUUAAAUUUCCAAUU